AUGCAGAACAACGGCAUACACCUGCGGACAAUUCCAACGUGGGACCUUCACAAGAUUCUUCAAGUCGCAAUCACAAAGCGACCUGGAGUAGACAUCGGGGAGAGCACAGGGCAGAGCCGAUUCAGACUGGCCGUUCCUGCUCGGAGGUACACUAUCUCCUCGACUGAGUCAAGAGAUUGGAAGAGGAGAUUACACUUUUCAACCGAGAAAAAACAGCCUACAGCCGCCGAGCCGACUCCCGCUGCUGAGCACGACCCAGACGUUGAAAUGCCAGACGAGCCCGCCGAGCCCACCCCUGAAGAGUCCGAGUCGACCACUAAGCCAGCACCGGCGCCUACUGAGCCUACUCCCGAAGAGUCUUCUAAGCCUGCCUCUAACCCCGCGCCUACCCCUGUCGAUAUCGACAUAGAACUGACCGACGACGACGAGAGUCCAGAUGACGACGAGAUCCCAGAGGGUCAGUUCCUUACCCCUCCGGCUAUCGUGCUCCCAUCAGGGCUCGGUACCACAAACACCAUAGACGCCAAGGCAUAG